AUGUCGGCUUAUUCACCACCUUUGACUCCUCCGCUACGCCGAGUCAAGCCUCUCCCAAAACGCCAACGCACAUCGCCUUCGUCAUCUCCGCCUCUUGCCCCUCUGCCUCUCGAGUACUACAUGCCAAUUUUGACGAACCUUCUUGAAGAAUCUCGCAUCGAAGGUGGCAAUGCCAAGAAGCGCAAAGUCCCCCAUGUUGUCGGUGGCGAGGUCCAGGGACGUGUCUCGAGGAUCACUGCUGCCGGGAUGCAGUUCAAGGAAAGUGUUCGAGUUCGGCGGAAGCAUCUCGAGGGCUUGGUAGAGGAAGGAGAAGCGGACGUGGUCGAACGAGCUUUGACGCUUGGGCUACUUGGAGACAGGGACGGAAAACGUCGACGACUCUCAAGGAGGGAAGUGGUCCGAGCGGGAAGAUCGGUCGUUAAACAGCCGCCCCUCAAAGAUUUGGAAGGGUAUGAGUUUACCUUCAAUUGCCAUUCUGAAGCCACCAUCAACCUCCGAAAUACGAAAACCGCUGUAGAUCUGCUUCGGAAAAGGUUGUCAGCACCAAAGAAGAAACCUGCUGCCGCUGCAAACGCCAUUAAACCUCUGCCACCACCUCCUAAUACAAAGAAGAAGAAGAAAAAACGUAGUGCCCUUGCGAAUGCUUCGAACCCACAUCACUUGCGGAACUACGUGCCUUCUCGCGUUCCAGGCGCCGAGCAGCCUGUCAACAAUACCAAUAGUGACUUCGUGGCGGUGAGGUUCCUCACGGCAGAGAUACCCCCGCGGAAGAGCAAAUCGAAGAGCGGCACCCCUACACCUACGUCUCUUGCACAACAAGGCACAAACGAGUGGAUCUGCGCGUACUGUGAGUAUGAGCUCUUCUAUGGCGACGAGGAAGGAUAUCGGCGAGCGAUCCGAAGGCGGAAGAAGAUUCUCAGGAGGCGACGAAGAGCUCGUGAGAGAGCUGCCAAAGGGGUUGCCGGUAAACGAGUGGAGAGAGAGGAUAACGAUGGCGAUGAGCCUGUCAGUGAGGAAGAUGAUUUCAUUCAGCCUGUUGCUGUUGGCCAGCGAAAUGGCGUGAACGGCAAAGGAGAAGGAGGUGGAGAGACUGGUUAUGGAUGA